AUGUCGAAGAAAAAAGGACUGAGCGUAGAGGAAAAAAGAUCCCGCAUGAUGGAAAUAUUUUUUGAGACGAAAGAUGUAUUUCAAUUAAAAGACAUGGAGAAGAUUGCUCCCAAAGAGAAAGGCAUUACUGCUAUGUCGGUGAAAGACGUUCUUCAAAGCUUAGUUGAUGAUGGUAUGGUUGACUGUGAGAGGAUCGGAACCUCUAAUUAUUAUUGGGCUUUUCCCAGUAAAGCCCUUCAUGCGAGGAAACGAAAGUUGGAGGCUCUGGAGUCUCAGUUAUCUGAAGGAAACCAGAAGCAAGCAAACCUGCAGAAAAGCAUUGAGAAAGCUAAAAUUGGCCGACAUGAAACGGAAGAGCGGACCAAGCUAACAAAAGAGCUUUCUUCACUUCGAGAACAAAGGGAACAGCUAAAGGCAGAAGUAGAAAAGUACAGAGAAUGUGAUCCUCAAGUUGUGGAAGAAAUACGUCAAGCAAAUAAAAUAGCCAAAGAGGCUGCUAACAGAUGGACUGAUAACAUAUUUUCAAUAAAAUCUUGGGCCAAAAGAAAAUUUGGAUUUGAAGAAAAUAAAAUUGAUAAAAAUUUUGGAAUUCCAGAAGACUUUGACUACAUAGACUAA